GUGCGGCUGUGCCGGUGUCGUACAACGUUUCAGAACUCGAUCAAAAUAAUGGCAUUCGCAACACGAAGUUUACGAAUUUUCUGUAAAUUAUACAGUGGCAGUUGUAAAGCCACUUACUCAACACUCCGCAAACCAGUUACACAAGUGAAUUUCGUUCGUGCAGCACAAAAAUACAAGUUUUCAACAGAAACCGAUGCACCUAAAAUCACUGGGAGUUUAACGAAUAUUCAGUCCUCCAGUUCGCCCACAUCACCUUUAUCCCAAGGUUUUUCGGAGAAAAAUGAUCAGAAAGAUGAUAACACGAGUAAGGAGGAUGAGGAGGCACAGAAACAACGAGAGCAAUCGUGGAAAAUGAUGAAGUGGAGUUUCAUAUUAUUUGGGGUAUCAAUGUCCAUGACUGGUGGUAUUAUUGUUUACGAGUUGGCUAGGCCGACUUAUGACGAGAAUGGAAAUAUCGUUGAGGAUGAAUUUUCAGGCCUACCCUUCCCCCAGAGGGUUUGGAAGAGACUGUGCAGAGAAGUUAACUAUUACACAAAGCUGGUUCAAGAACCUAGUAGAGACAAAUUACUACCAGAUCCACUGAAGUAUCCUUACAUGCAACCCCCUUACACUCUUGUUUUAGAAAUGACGGAUGUAUUGGUUCAUCCUGAUUGGACAUAUCAAACCGGAUGGAGAUUCAAGAAACGUCCAGGUGUGGACCAUUUCCUAGAAGCUCUAGCCCCACCUCAGUUUGAAAUUGUAAUCUACACAGCAGAACAAGGAAUGACUGUCUUUCCCAUCUUGGAUUCACUGGACCCCCAAGGCUACAUAAUGUACAGACUAGUUCGUGAUGCCACAAGAUUUAUAGACGGUCAUCACGUAAAAGACCUAGAUGCCCUCAACCGUGAUCUCAGUAAAGUAAUCGUCAUAGACUGGAAUUCCAACAGCAUAAAACUCCACCCAGAGAAUGCCUUGAAAAUCCCCAGAUGGAGUGGCAACGACGACGACACGACACUCUACGAUUUAGCAGCAUUCUUAAAAACAAUACAUGCCACAAACGUCGAUGACGUCAGAGAGGUGCUAAACUACUACAGACAAUUCGAUGAUCCCCUCGCUGCAUUCAGGGAGAACCAGCGCAAGUUAUUGCAGCAGAUGCAGGAGGAUGAGAGUCACAAAGCCCAAUUGGAGAGCACUAAGGCCCUCACGUCACGAUGGUCUCCCUCAUUCUUGCGUUCUCAUUAGGUACUAAUUUCGAUGAAUUAUAUAUUUAAUACCCGAAUCGUGACAAAUUCAAUCUUGUGUUUAUAAAAAUCGUACUCGAAACAUUUUAUUAAAAAUCAGUUGAGAGAUGCGGAUAUUUUCAUUUCUUAUUUACAACAUGUAAUUCAAUGAAGUGAACUCAUCAAGAAAAUAUUGAUGGAGGCUACUGCCAUCAAUUCAUGAAGAACAGCAGCAGAAAAUAGUAUUAGCAAUCAACUAAAAUUGUUCCUCUUCUUUUUCUUGAAACUCGUAUUUUCAAACAGUCGCAUUCUGACCAUUUCAUUAAAAUUAAUGAAAAAAUUUUAAUACUUUCAAUUCGCAAGAAAACAUGUCGACGGAGACCGCUGACAUGAAUUCAUAACAAAUAAACAAUUAACUAAAACCCAA